ACAAAUAAUUCAAAUUAUUUCACUUCAAACUAGGUAAAUACCCGCCGUACUGGUACGUUUAUGAGCGACUACAACAAAUAUUACAAUUUGGGUAGUCUAGGGUGACGUUACUGAUGAGAAUGAUUAUAUCAUUACUUUAAAAGCAUUAGAAAAUGUAUCAGGCUAUUUAUUAUAGAAAGUAGGCCGUAACAAGAAAGAACAUUAUAAGACUUUAAAAUCAGUUGUAAAAUGGCGAAAUAUGCACCAGGGGAUGUAAAAGUAUAGAAAGCUAAUGAACCAGCAUAUAUCACUUGGCAGAAAAUAUAGUUUUUUUUAACAAAACUGUUAACUCUUUAUUGGGCAUUUUGUAUACUGUUGUGGUUGCAGGUUGUUUAAAACAGUGUUUACAUUUUUUGACUCAAAAUGAAGCGGCUCUAUUCUAAGAAGAUGUCCAAUAAAAACAAAGAGUUUUCAUGGAUAAGAAACGGUCCUGCUUUUCAUCACAUGCUCCGGGCGUCUGGGCAGUCUGAGGUCUGGUAUGAUUUCACUGAUGAGGCGAAAUUCCGCCAGUACGGCUGGCGAUGCUCCACGAAUGAAGACUCUUACUCAAAUGCCACCCUCAUUGGUAACUGGUCAGAAGAGAGGUUCGACACUCGCCGUACUGUGGCGUUACGACGCCCCCUUCCGCACCAGUUCUCUCACUAUUUUGAAACCACAUAUUAUUCCAGCUAUAAGAAAGAUGAUGUUCAGCCGAUUUACACAACACCAAAGAGAGAGUCAAGAAGCUUCCCUGGUCACCAACCAGAACUGAAUCCUCCGCACACUAAGUGUGUGCCAAACUCCUGCUACAGACUGGACUUCAAAGGCCCUCAGUGUAGAGAAGAAAUAGCAGAAGAAACUUCAGAGCCUCAGUGCAGAUAACAGAGACAAACUGAAGCCUUUGGCAGAGGAAUUCUGCUUACAAAAUUAAAUCAGCUUCAAUAUCCACCCUCUGACUUCUGUGAGUGAUCUAUAGUCAGAUAUAGUCAUAUAUAUAUAUAUAUAUAUAUAUAUAUAUAUGAAGAGUUUGGUUUCAAAAUGCUAUAAAUUUAUUUUGACUAAUUUGAGUAGGCCUAAAAAUGUGUUUUCUUUACCAAGAAAGCAGCAAGAUGAAAAUUUCUGUUUCAGACUUUCACAUGGCGGUUAUAAAAACAUUAAAAAUUCAAAUCCAGAUUUUGAUUUUCAAAGGUUUUAUUAUAAAAACUGAUUAUUUUCUCCCCAAAAUGCAAUAAAUCCAUGACACGUUUUUUUUUUUUCUUUUUUUUUUCAAAAUGCAAUUAAUCCAUCACUAUAAAAGUUAUUUUUCAUAUUGAAAAUACCCAACAAAGUUGAUUCACAUAUAUGACAGCCUCUGAACUUUGUCAAUACUAAUCUUAUAUACAGGCAUUUGACUAAAAAUACAUUCAGUCGUCGCUCCCAAAAUGAAUUCAACGAGUCAUCAGAAGUUUGAUGCUGUCGUGGAACAAGCAACAGCUGGCAUUUUUCCUCCUCCCGACUCGAGUGCCUCAUCUUCAUAAUCUCCUCACGUAAAUGAUUACAUUUCGAUGACUUGCGUUUCUUCCCCACCGCAGAAACCACCACAGGUUCAUCAAUGCCGUCAAAAUCAUUCAUUUUUCUGUUUUUGUUUAUCACAAAGUACAAAGCAGAUAAGGAAAACUAGGAUGCCGGGUGUAUUCAUAGCGCCGCCAUUACUGUUUACAGUGUGUGGAAUGGUGUGCUGUGAUUGGUUGAGCGGAUAUAUAAAUUAAUAAAUGACUUUUCAAUACCGACCAGAUACAAUACUGAUUUUGGCGGAAACUAAAUUUUUUUUUAAAAAUGGCGUUUAUCGCGUUUUGGAACCAAACUCUUCAUAUAUAAAUCUUCUUUUCGUUGUAUUUUUCUGAAGAAUGUGUCUAUUUUUUUGUCAUAUUAACCAGUGAAAAUAUACAUAACCAUUGUGACGUUAGAUUACUUUGCUUCUUAAUUAUAUUGUAGACUUUA